GAAGACACCAAAGGAUUCCUCAGCUUAUUACCCGCGACAACACUCGCGGACUUCGUAACGGCGAGAGAGCGGCUACAGUUUACUGAUAACUGAUAAUCCCCGCGCAAAACCCGGAGAUCACGGCUGCGGAAGCAAAGGGUUCCUCGGCGGCGGCGAAGAUGCCGACGGAGAAGCAGCUGAAUCAAUAUCCGGUGCCGAGCUUCCCGCCACCGGAGUCGGAGGACGAGGAAGCAUGGGUGUGGACGCAGAUUAAGGCGGAGGCCCGGCGAGACGCGGAGUCGGAGCCAGCUCUUGCGAGUUACCUCUACUCAACGGUUCUCUCCCAUCCAUCUCUCGCACGCUCCCUCUCUUUCCACCUCGCGAACAAGCUAUGUUCAUCCACACUUCUCUCUACUCUCCUCUACGAUCUCUUUCUCCAUUCACUGUCUUCAUCCCCCACCCUCCGCUCCGCCAUCGUCGCCGAUCUGCUUGCCGCUAUCCAUCGUGACCCGGCAUGCGUCUCGUUCUCUCACUGCCUUCUGAACUAUAAGGGUUUCCUUGCUGUUCAGGCUCAUCGGAUCGCCCAUCUUCUUUGGGUUCAAGACCGCCGCCCCCUUGCCCUAGCUCUCCACUCGCGAGUCGCUGAUGUAUUCGCUGUCGAUAUUCACCCUGCUGCUCGAAUCGGGAAGGGGAUCCUUCUCGAUCAUGCUACGGGUGUCGUCAUCGGUGAGACCGCUGUCGUCGGUAACAACGUCUCAAUCCUCCACCAUGUCACUCUUGGGGGUACUGGUAAGGUGGGUGGCGAUCGCCACCCCAAGAUCGGCGACGGUGUUCUUAUCGGUGCUGGAGCUACUAUUCUGGGGAAUGUCAUGAUUGGCGAAGGGGCUAAGAUUGGGGCCGGCUCUGUCGUGCUCAUUGAUGUGCCGCCGAGGACCACCGCUGUUGGGAAUCCUGCCAGGCUCAUCGGCGGGAAUGAGAAGCCAGCCAGACACGAGGACGUUCCUGGAGAGUCCAUGGAUCACACUUCUUUCAUCAACGAGUGGUCAGAUUACACUAUCUGAGGAUUUUGUUCACGCAUACUCGUACAGGCUUCCCUUUGUUCCCUCUACCUGGAACUAUUUAAAAUUAGCUUGAUUAAAAGGCCACACAAGCGAUGUCAGGAUCAGGAGGGGCACCUAGGAGCCUGGUCUGAAUGGCAUACAGGAGUUGGGAUCCAUUGAAGGUGGUGCGUAGGCGCCGACAUAGGGCACCUCCUCGCCUGGAUUCAGUAAGGGGGGCGCUUAGGCGCUCAAGUACUUUACUUCAACCCGAGAAACCUGAAAGGCAGUGUUCGGUAGGCCGGGAAUGACACGUAGGUACCGGGAGCAAUGUGUACGCAAUUAGGGGCUUAAGUCCUUGU